AUGAGCGACGACACCGAAUUUAAAGAGUUCCAGGAUGAAAACCCAGACAGAUACAAGGUCUCAGCAAAGAAGACGCUGGCUGAGUACCAGAAGCUCGACGCGGAAGAUGAGUCGCUGGCCAAAUGGAAGGAAAGCUUGGGGCUGAGCUCGGACACACUUCCUCUGGAAUUCCCUGGAGACAAGCGCAAAGUGGUUAUUCAAAAAAUUCAGCUUUUGGUUGACACAGAGAGCCAACCAAUCACGUUUGACUUGACCAACGACCAGACUCUCAAGGAAUUGGCGUCCACGCGACACAAGAUUAAGGAGAAGUCCAUUUAUAAGCUCAAGAUCACUUUCAAGGUACAGCACGAAAUCAUUACUGGCCUAAGGUAUGUCCAGUACAUCAAAAAGGCCGGGAUUGCAGUCGACAAGAUCGACGAUCACCUGGGCUCUUACGCACCCAACACCACCAAGAAACCCUUCUACGAGGUUGAGCUGCCCGAAAGCGAGGCCCCCAGCGGGUUUCUAGCAAGAGGAAGUUACAGCGCGAUCUCAAAAUUCAUUGAUGACGACAAGACUAAUCAUUUGACGCUCAACUGGGGUGUGGAGAUAGUCAAAAAAUAA